AUGGUCGUCUUUCUGGCAACCACUGUUUCUACAGCUCCUGUGGAAGAGAAGGAGCGGGAGGAGAUAGAGGUGGAGGCCACAGAGGAAGGGGAGGGGGAGCUGUCUGAGGAGGAGGAGGAUGAUGAUGACUCCAAGAGUCAGGAUAAGAUUGAGGGAAUUCUUGGCGUGCAGCAGACCACCACGGCGUCAGCAGCCGGAGGUUCAGUUUCCAGCGGUCAGUCAGCAGGAGGAAGAAAUGACGGAACAGCAGGAAGCUCUGCAGGUUCUGCAGGUUCUGCGGGGUCUACAGAUUCUAUAGGUUCUCCAGGUUCCACAGAUUCUAAAGGUUCUCCAGAUUCUGCAGGUUCUUCGGGUUCUGCAGGUUCCACAGUUUCUGCAGGUUCUGCAGGUUCUUCAGGUUCCACAGGUUCUGCAGGUUCCACAGGUUCCUCAGGUUCUGCAGAUUCUCCACAACCAGCAGUAGAACUCUCUGGUGUCUCUGCUGUUCAGACUCAAGCAGCAGGAGCGGAUCAUUCAGCAGCUUCAUCAGCAGCUUCAGAAACCAACGGUUCUGACGGAGUUGACUUAGAGUCCAACGGUAACGGACAGAAGCUGCUGAAUGGAGGAGGGGGAGCGGGCGGAGCUGACAGUCAGUCAGGUGUGUUGGGUUCAUUUGGGGGCGGAGUUUCUCACCUGGAUUAUACAGGAAUCAUCGACCCCUCCAGUCACGACUUCCUGCUCAGCCUGAUGGGUGGAAGUGAUUCAUUCAGUCCAGAUGUUCACAUCAGUAUCCCAGGUCACAUGACUCCACCCACUCAGCUGGACUCAGUGAUCAGUUCAGGUGUGACAGCAGCUCCGUCUGCAGAUCAGAACAGUGGCUCCAGCCUGGACUCACCUGCAGAUCAUGUUCAUCAGUCUGACAUCAGCAUCGACCAAUCAGGACUCGACCACAUCUCUCUGAGCUCUGACCAAUCACCGCCCAAUUCUGUCUCAGGCUCCUCCCACUCUGGAGCCCAGGAAGCUGCAGCAUCUUCAUCAUCAUCAUCACACAGUGAAACUCACAGAGAACAGACAGAUGGAGCUGAUUCACCUGAUACCAAUGGAAAUGGUCGACAGACUCUGCUGACGGAAGCAAACGGAGUGACUGAUCGAUCAGUUUCCUUCAGUGACCUCCGCACUGAUCUCACAGUAGGUGGAGCAGAGUCUGUGACCAGUCACAUGGACCUCACAGCUUCGGGUCUUGGACUGGGACAUGAUGUCACAGAGUCAUCCCCCAUCAUCCUCCACACAGAGUCUUUAGAUGGCUUCACGCACUCAGUUUCAGGAGUUUACUCCCAUACAGACCUGAUUACCAUGGCAACAGACUCCACAGGUACAGACACAGUUUCAGCAGAUCCAACAGGAAGUCCACCUGACUCCAGUCAUCCAGCUGUGACAGAUCACACACAGGUGGCUGGUUCAGUCACUGAACAGUACAACCCAUCUGGUCAGGGUCCUGAAGGUGCAGAAAAUGUGGAACUGGAGGAUACCUGCUGACUUCCACAUGAAGCCGCAAGUUCGAUUCCUGCGCUACAGAUUCCAGUGUACCGACCAAUCAGCAUGGCCCAGGAACUAUGACCCCUCCCACUAGCUGUAGGCUCCGCCCCCUGAGCCACCGCGGCUCAUUGGUUUUUUAAAUAUUUAAAACGUGGAGUUUGUUUAUAGACAAUUGUUUUGUUUUAGAAUCACUGACAGAAAAUAAAAGAGUUUCAACCGAAACUCGACUGUGAUUCUGUUUUGACUUGAUGACAUCAUACAGGAUGUGACAUCAUACAGGAUGUGACAUCAUCUUCACUGUCAGGAUGUAAAAUGUGGUUUUAAACUUCUACAAUAAAUGGUUUUGUCUAUUUUGAACAUCAACCAGAGAAUUUGUUUUCUUUCCAAAGUUCAUCAAAGAUAUUGAUCUGAUGACAUCAGCACAGUAAAUAAACAUUUCCACAGUGAUGUACAUUUUUCAAACAUUUUAUUGAACUGAAGUCAGAAUAUUUAUCUGACCUUUGACCCUGUCUUUGUUUCCCACAAUCCUCCACUCCCAUGAGGCGCGGGGGGGGGGGGGGGGGUUAAUUAAAAA